UACAGAUUGGCGAGCACCAACAGGUGCCUGCCCCACAGGCUUCCCAGUACAAACACAUUCCGCCCUCUCGUCACUCCCAGCAUGCGUACCCAAUCAGGCCGUGGUUUCACCCAUGGAGCCAUGGCCACAAAGAGACGAAGGGACAAGAGAGCUGAACAGUGUGUGCUGCUGAAGGUGCCAACUCGCUGCCAUCCAACUGGAGGUGUCCAUGUAGCUAAGAGCUAGAAAGGUGUGUGUUUACAGGAAGCUCCGUCUAGAUUCCAGGUGUGGACACGGAGGGGUCAAACUGGCUAUAUAAAAGACAGUGGGACCUUUGAUUGCACAUGCAAGUGUAAGAUGUCAUGAUUGUCAUGAUUGGACAAUUGAAGAUGAGGAUGAUCAGUAAUGCGAGGAUGAACGUGUUUAUCAUCAUAUGCAGCUGCCUUUGUCUCACUUUUACAGAACCCUUGAAUUAUUAGGCAGUCCCAAAAAAUAUGAGCCUCAGAAACAGAGCGGAGGCUCCAUCAGAAGCUGUUUGAGAACUACAACAUGAAAGUCAGACCAGCUCGUUACUGGGAGGAGAAGGUGAUGGUUCGGGUGGGGAUGACCCUCUCUCAGCUCGUCAGCUUGAACGAGAAGAACGAAGAGAUGACAACCAACGUGUUCAUGAAUCUGGCAUGGACAGACUACAGGUUGUCAUGGAACCCAGCGGAAUAUGACAACAUUGAUGUUUUGAGGAUUCCUCCCAACAAGGUGUGGCGUCCUGACAUCUACCUCAUAAACAAUAAUGAUGGUCAGUUUGACGUGGCUCUGUACGUCAACGUCUUGGUUUACAGUGAUGGGACAGUCAACUGGCUUCCCCCAGCCAUCUACCGCAGCUCCUGCUCUAUACAGGUGUCGUACUUCCCAUUUGACUGGCAGAACUGCAGCAUGAUUUUCCGCUCGUACACCUAUGACGCCUCUGAGGUGGACCUGCAGUACUUUCUGGACGAUGAAAGCAGAGAGAUCAAAGAGAUUGUUAUAGAUGAGAACGCUUUCACUGAAAAUGGAGAAUGGGCCAUCUGUCACAAACCCUCCAGAAAGAACGUAAAGGAAGACCUGUACGAGGACAUCACCUUCUACCUCAUCAUACAGAGGAAGCCUCUUUUCUACAUCAUCAACAUCAUCGUGCCCUGCAUCCUCACCAGCGUGUUGGCUAUAUUUGUCUUCUACUUGCCUCCCGGAGCAGGAGAGAAGAUGACUCUCUCCAUUUCCGUCCUCAUCGCUCUGACUGUCUUCAUGCUUCUGCUGGCUCAAAAGGUCCCCGAGACAUCCCUUGGCAUCCCAAUCAUUGUCAACUAUGUCAUGUUCACUAUGAUCCUGGUCACAUUCUCUGUCAUCCUAAGUGUAGUCGUCCUCAAUCUGCACCACCGAACGCCCAGCACACACAUCAUGCCAAACUGGGUUCGAAAGGUAUUUAUUCAGUUCCUGCCCAAGUAUAUCGGCAUGACAAGGCCAAACCCAGAGGAAAUUGAAGAGGCGGAUUCUGAAGAGAAGCUGCCCAUCCGAACCUUCAAUGGCAGGCAGCCUGGAGGGGAGUAUUUCUUCCGCAAGAUCAACCCUGAUCUCGUCAUACCCUGGAGAGGCAGGUGUGAGAGCACAGUGCACCUCCAGCGGCUGCCGGACACUGACAACUACUGUCUGAUCCUCCCUCCCAACCUGAAGUCGGCCAUCUCUGCCGUGACAUACAUGGCCGAGCAGCUAAAGAAGCAGGACACGGAUGACACGAUGACAGGAGACUGGCAGUUCAUUGCCCUCGUGGUGGACCGUCUCUUCCUGUGGUUGUUUGUCAUCAUCACCACCCUGGGCACCCUGGCCAUGUUCCUGGACGCCAGUUUCAACUAUACACCCGACGACCCCUUUCCAUAGAAGACAACAAACACACACACACAGUUGGAGUUUGAUACACUGGUUGUCACUUCUUCUUAUUGGUGAUUUCUGACAUCACCAGAUCUGACUUUCCAUAAAUACCUAUUCCAUAUUCCAAUAUUCCAGAUUUCUGUUGUGAGCCUCUGAAAUGUUUUGUCAGGUCAGAUUGCAAAAGAAAACGUGUCACAUUUGCAUAAAGUAGAACCAUGUACAGAUAACCUACAUGAUAACAGAAUCAAUGUAUAGAUUUGUGGAAGCUAUAUGUGGUAACAAUGGUUUUGCAGUAUUGUUUGUCUAAAUAAUGUAUUUAACAAAUUGUGAUAUUUGUUAUUUGAUUCUGAAAGCUUGAAAUAUGUUUUUCUCAUAAGUAAAACAGUUUGUUUAAUGAAUGUGCCUUCUGGUUUUUGUGGAACAUGCAGGAAACUACUAGCUUGUGUUUCACUCUGAUGCAAUAACAGUGAUUGUGCUUAGUGAUUGUUAUGUUGGCCUGUGGGCAGUAGAGGGCAGUAAUAUAAUGUUAAUUUAAAGCACUGCUGUUCAGAGGGCUGCAAAAGGCACAUUUAUAGUUCUUAUAAGGAGAAUGUUUUUUUUGUCAGUCUCCCAUUGCAUAUAAAUAUAAGAAGGUUUAAUACUAUUGUUCUGCUUUGGGUCCUGGGGACCUCUCUCAAACAUAAGCAACAUCAUUAUAACAUACUGGACAUUUCUUUGUCCGUGAUAGAUUUAGAGCCAGCUUUAGUAUA